UAACAGAUAAUAUUUCUUUAGUAUAUUUAUAUCUUUUUUUUUCAGAAAAUUAUGUGCGCUAUAAAUUGAAAAUCUGUAUCGCAGUCUGGUUUUAAGUCGCGCAUAAAUUACGAUUAUGUAUUUCAGCAAUGAACAUUUUACUUCUGUUCCGAAACAAUGAUAGCAACUAUGUCCGGUCAUUAAUUGUCGUGGUUACUGACAUAUCGCCCUACUUAUCACAUUGCACGUGAGAUACAUCAAAGACCAAACAGAUUCGGGUUUUUUUUUAUGUGGACAGUAUCUGACCUAAAUUUAAAUACCCGAUGGCAUUUCCUUAAUUGUCAUGUUUUACGCGUAUAUAUAAGAACCGGUGGUAGACGAGAGUUAAAUUGGCGUUUAACUUUUAAACUUUUGUGGAAAGCAAAAAAAAAAUUUGUGUUUUGGAUUGAUAUCAUUGUCUAGCAAAAAUGUUGUUGGUAUUCUGUAUCUUGGGUGUUGUCGCAAUACAUGAAUUGUCAGGUGCUUCUUCAAUGGACACAACAGAAUCGUCCAAUCAAAUACCAAAAAUCGUCGGCGGUAGUUCUGCCGCUGAAGGACAAUACCCUUAUCAAGCGUCCCUUCGUUUCCGCAAUCGGCAUUUCUGUGGUGGUUCUGUCAUAGAUAAACGAUGGGUCCUCACAGCUUCUCAUUGUUUGUCAAAUUUUAACGACACGGCUAUCACCGUUGUAUUGGGCACAAAUACCCUGGAUAAAGGUGGCGACGAGUAUUCUUCAAUCAAGAGAUUGGUGCAUCCCUUUUACAAUUCCGCUCUUAUAAGAAACGACAUUGGAUUAAUCAAACUGGAUAGAGACAUUGUCUUUGGAGACAAAGUGAAACCGAUUGCUCUGCCCACUCAACCCUUCGACAAAUCCGAUUAUCCGGCAAUGCUGUCCGGCUGGGGUACGACCAAUUAUCCCGGGGAAGCGCCAAAUGAAUUGCAGCACAUCCAGCUCACAGUCAUCAAUCAAAAACAAUGCUUAAACACCAGUUUUCGCAUCACCAACAACAAUAUCUGUACACUCAACAAAAAGGGCGAGGGGGCUUGUCACGGUGACUCUGGCGGUCCUCUAGUAGCAGAUGAUGAGCAGAUCGGCGUGGUAUCCUGGGGAUUACCUUGCGCUAGAGGACGCCCAGAUGUAUUUACACGAGUCUCCUCCUACAUGGAUUGGAUCAAACAGCAUCUCAAGACGCGGCUUGGGGAGAGGAUGGUCAGCAUGAGCUCCAUGCUCGUAGAGACAGUCAGUAUAAAUUAUGAAGAUUUUAAUGAGAGUUUUUUAACAUGCGGCACCUGUCUCUGCGUUUACGAUGGCAGCGAGCAUACACCUAAAUUAUUACCAUGUUCACACACGGUAUGUCUACAUUGUUUAACAAGGAUUGCUGCAUCUCAAACACGAGAGACAGGAGCAUUUAGAUGUCCCAUUUGUAGAGAAUUAAUAACAAUUCCUCGCGGAGGGGUACCUGCACUGCCCCCGAGCUUUCUCGUAAACCAAUUAUUGGACCUUAUGUCUCGACAAAGACGAGAGGUCAUCCCAAAGUGUUCAGUCCAUAUAAAUCAGGAAUUAUUAUUUUGUGAAACAUGUGAUACAGUAUUCUGUACAGUAUGUACUAGUGGAACACACGCAGGAACGUCACCCGGAUGUACAGAACACACAAUCAUCCCCUUUAGUAUCGCGAUAAAAAGGAUGUCCGAGAUACUGCUUUAUAAAGCUAAUGAGUGUAUAUCCAAGUUAACACAGGCACAAGACUCUGUAAGCACGGAACUGCAGCGUUUGGAGGCCUCUACGGAAAGAUGUCUAAACGCGGUAGAUACCGAAUUCGCAGAUAUCAUUGCGAAAAUAGAGAAACGGCGAAUGGAAUUGCAAGUUGCCGUAAACGCCGCUGCUCGUGACAAGAAACACGUACUCGAAGAACAGCAUUCUCUUAUCGAGGCGGAGAAAAGCAAGGUGGAGAGAGAAUGCGAUGGAUUGCAAUAUCAGGUCGAAGUUCGGAAUAUUACUCAACGUAUUAACAGCCUAUCAGAUCAGCUUGACGCGGCGACCGCUCUCAGCGAACCUAAGGAAAAUGCUUUCAUCACGUUCGAGUUUAAUCAUAACGAUGCUCUCUCCCAAUUGGAGCAAGCACUAAGCAACUUAGGACGAGUACGUUCUAGUACAACAUUGCCAGGUUUAUGUCGAGCUAGACUAAAAGACUUAGCGAUAGCGAAAUUACAAGCAACUGUCAUAGUUGAAACGGUGGAUUAUCACGGCCAUCCUCGGAAUGUUGGUGGUGAUCUUGUCAGUGCUGAGUUGACGCUCGCGGAUAAUAUACACGCGGAAAAUCAGAGUGCUACCAUCGAGACGGAAGUAAAAGAUCUGGAAAAUGGAAUCUACGAAAUUUAUUUUCGGCCACCGACCGCGAGUCGAUACGUUAUAAAGAUAUCUGUAUUCGAACGACCCAUAAAAGAUUAUCCACUAUUUUUCGACGCGACCGAACAUAAUGAAGCUAUUAAGAUAUACGGAAGACGUGGUAACGGAAAAGACGAGUUUCAUCAGCCAGUCUCAGUCGCAGUGGAUGACGAAGGAAUGAUUUAUAUUUUAGAUACUGGAAAUUCUCGCAUUAAGGUACUCAAUUGUGAUUUGGAGUUUCAAAGGCACAUAAAUAAUGAAGGCUUAGAGGGCCGCAGUUGUACGGGAAUAGAUAUUUCUCAACAAGGUCUCGUAGUUGUAAAUUGGCGGACGCGAAAGAUUACAGAAAUGACUUCGUUAGGUGAUACGAUCCGAUCCUUCUCGCAUAACGCAUUUCAAGAACCUAUAGACAUUGCAGUGGAUAAGAAUUACGGGCACAUACUUGUGGCUGACAACGGUCAAAGCUGUGUGUUCGUAUUUGAUUCAGAUGGCAAAAUACUCUUCCAGGUCGGUGGUAAGAGAGGCACGUUUAAACUAAUCAGUUCUGUGACUGUCGGUCCUGCCGGUGAGAUUCUAGUUGCCGAUAGCAGGAUUCAAGUAUUUUCCGCAAAGGGAGAUUUCUCCGAGGAAAUAUAUUCCGAAGGCAAAGGAAAAGGUAUCUAUGGAGGAAUAGCCGUGGAUGCGGACGGCAAAAUAGUUGGCACUCGUACAGACAAGGGUCGCAGUAUAAUACAAGUAAUGAAGCUAGGUGGAGGUAAUAUUUUAACCGAAAUUGACUCGCAUAGCUCGAAAUUGCGACGUCCGUCAGGCAUAGCCGUAUUGUCGGAUAAUCAUCUAGUGGUGGUGGACUUGGGCAAUGAUUGUAUAAAAAAGUACAGAUACUGGUAGAAAGUCGUCCAUUUGAGUAUCAAAAUUCACAAACCGCGAGCGGGAAGAAAAUUCGUUACGAAAAGAGAUACCAAAUGUCAAUCUAAUUUAGAAUUAUUUAUUCAGGUUUUUCUGUGAAACUUAUAGCUAUAACAUUGUGUAUUAUGACAAAAAAAAAGUAUGUCUAUGUUUUCAUAAAAAAUUUUUAUAUAUAGUUUAUAAAUCACAGGAUAAAACGUGUGUGACGCGAAAUAAUAAUGUUGGUAAAGGAGCAUCCCUAUUUUAACUUUAUCUUUUUUGCAAUAUGUAUUGCUCUGCAUAAUAUCUUAUAAUUUUUACUUUGUCUUUAUUCAUAAAAUUUAAUUUUUUUUAAUAUUUUGUUAUUUUCUUUCUUGUGUUUCCUGCGCAAAUGCGGAAAUACAAAGUUUUCACUGCACAUAAAACAAAGUCAGUCGAAAUGCUCAGUACUUAUUAUAUGUAUAUCUUUUGUAUUUUAUUAGAUUUUAAAUCAUUGCAAUUAAUAUUUGAUUGUUUGAGAAUGCAUAACAACUCUGUUGUUGCUGACUAAUUUAGAUACAUCCGCAGAUAAUGAUUCUCUCUUAGUUUUGUUAAAUGAAGCCUGAAAAUUGUUGUUCUAAAUUCUUAUUUAAACACACACCUACAUAUAAUGAUUGCAAUUGUAAUCGAACGUACAUUAGACGUCAUAAGAAGCAAUAUACACAAAUAAUAAAUAGUCUAAUAGAGGCUAUCUAAGAUAAUAUUGCAUUGAGAUUCAGGGGCAACAAUUCAUCUCCAAUGAAAUAUAUAACCCAAA